AGAAGACAAAAUUUCCCACUCCACUCGAAUUAAAACCCUAGCGGCUACACCUUCGUUCCCCGCCGCCUCCUCCACCCAUCGCCGGCGCGCCGCCACUGCCACCGCCAGCGAGAUUGCGACCUGAGAGGUCCAGCGUGCUCGCGCUCUUUCCGGCUCUACCUUCGCCGCGGCCACUAUGAUCUGCGCAAGUAAGCUCUUUUGGCUCAGUCCCCCAUCCUUUAUUUUCUUCAAAACCCUAGCUGUACGAUCCGGCUACCCGUGCGCUAAUUCGUCUUGCGUUGCUUCUACGCUUGUGCCUGAAGUCUCCGGCGAGGUGCCUGAUGAGCCGGUGGUAUCAAAGAGGUCGGGGCUCCUCUUUGAGCGGCGGCUCGUCGAGCGCUACAUUGAGGACCACGGGAAGUGUCCAGUCACGAAGGAGGAACUCUCCAUGGACGACAUCGUGCUGGUGAAGACCAACAAGGUCGUGAGGCCUAGGCCUCUGCAGGCUGCAAGCAUUCCCGGACUCCUUGGAAUCUUUCAAAACGAGUGGGAUGCCCUUAUGCUUUCUAAUUUUGCUUUGGAGCAGCAGCUUCACACAGCAAGACAAGAACUGAGUCAUGCGUUAUACCAGCAUGAUGCUGCCUGCCGUGUUAUAGCCAGAUUAAAGAAGGAAAGAGAUGAGUCUAGAGCGCUUUUGGCUCUAGCUGAGAGACAGAUUCCUGCGUCGAUGGCGGGAGUUGCACCUGCAGCUGUCGUUUCCAAUGGAAAAAGAGCAAUGGAGGAUGAAAUUGGCCCUGAUGGGAAGAAGAUACGCCCUGGUAUCAAUCCUGUCAUGAUCGAUGAACUAACAGAGUGUAAUACCAUGCUUUCUGCUCAGCGUAAGAAACGGCAGGUACCACCAAGUUUGGCAUCAAUUGAUGAACUAGAGAAAUAUACUCAGAUCUCUAGUCAUCCACUCCACAAGACAAACAAGCCAGGCAUUUUAUCUAUGGAUAUCCAUCCGUCAAAGGACAUAGUUGCAACUGGGGGUAUCGAUACGAAUGCAGUGCUAUUUGAUAGGACAUCUGGUCAAAUCCUGUGUACACUUGCUGGUCACUCCAAGAAGAUAACCACUUUGAAAUUUGUUCCACGGGACGAGCUUGUGGUAACUGGAUCAGCAGAUAAGACUGUUCGGAUUUGGCAAGGGACUGAGGAGGGAAACUACAGUUGCAUCCAUACAUUGAAAGAUCAUACCGCUGAGGUUGAAGCUGUUACUGUGCAUGCGACUCAGAAGUACUUCGUGACCGCUGCCAAGGAUAAUACUUGGUGCUUCUAUGAUAUUUCAACUGGGUCUUGCCUCUCACAGGUUGGCGAGGCUUCAGGACAAGAGGGAUAUACAUCUGCAUCUUUCCACCCAGAUGGUCUUAUCCUUGGAACAGGAACUACUGAAGCCGUUGUCAAAAUUUGGGAUGUGAAGACUCAGUCCAAUGUUGCAAAGUUUGAGGGGCAUACUGGACCUGUUACUGCUAUGUCCUUCUCUGAAAAUGGUUACUUCCUGGCGACUGCUGCUCUUGAUGGUGUCAAACUUUGGGAUCUAAGAAAAUUGAGAAAUUUUAGGACUUUCUCGCCAUAUGAUUCGGACACGCCGACAAAUUCUGUGGAAUUUGAUUUUAGCGGCACCUAUCUUGCUGUUGCUGGUUCAGAUAUUAGGGUAUACCAAGUAGCUAAUGUCAAGACCGAAUGGAAUCUUAUCAAGACCUUACCAGAUGUAUCAGGAACAGGGAAAGUGACCUCUGCGAAGUUCGGCACUGAUGCUAAAUAUAUCGCCGUCGGCUCUAUGGACCGUAACCUGAGGAUAUUUGGGCUUCCUGGAGAUGAUCAAAUGGAUGAUGAUGCAAAAUCAUCGGCCGAGUGAGGAAAUGCAGUGUACCUGGUUUUUACUUGUUUGUUGCUCCCAGCGCUCUCUUUUGACAGUGGAUGGAUGGGUUGCGUAUGAAGAAAAGCAGGGUCCUCAGGGAGCAAUGGCGUAGGCUUCCGCCGAUGUAAACAGACCGUGGCAAUAUUGUAUUGUAGGUUUCACUAAUUUUCUAAUGAGGAUAUAAUUUGUUUUGAAGAGGAAUACAAUCUCAAAGGGCCACGGGCAUGCAGGUUUAUUUUACCAGUUUGUCACAAGGCCGUUAUUUGAUGAAUUAAUGAGAUUUAAUCUGAAAA